AUGGCGAAGGGUGCGGGUUACGGGCUUGGGUUCGCGUGCUUCGCUCUUGUGGCGGCGAUGGCCGGCGCGGCGCAGUUCAAGGUCGGCGGCGACAGCGGGUGGAGCGUGGCCGGCGCCAGCAAGGAGUCGUACAACACUUGGGCGAUGAAAAACAGGUUCCAGGUCGGAGACACACUAGUGUUCGUGUACCCCAAGGACAAGGAUUCUGUGCUGGUGGUGCAGCCGGCGGACUACAACGCCUGCAACACGUCGUCGUACGACAAGAAGUUCGCCGACGGCAACACCGUCUUCAGCCUGGACCGCCCCGGCGCCUUCUUCUUCGUCAGCGGCGUCGAGGCCAACUGCCGCGCCAACGAGAAGCUCAUCGUCAUGGUCCUCGCCGGCCGCAACGACACAGGCACCGGCGCCGCGCCGCCGCCCGCCGCUCCGGCACCGGCAACGUCAUCUCCACCUCCGGCCGCUUCCAGCCCGCCUCCGGCAACGCCCCCCUCACCACUCCCCGCGGCGCCCGCUCCUAGCGCGCCUAGUCCCACCUCCGCUCCUCCUCCGGCCUCCGCUUCCGCCCCGCCACCGGCCUCUUCACCUGCAUCUGCUCCUCCGACCUCGUCGCCGACUGCUCCGGCGUCCCCGCCUCUCCCCACUCCGUCGGCCCCGACCGGCGCCCCGCCGAUGGCGCCCUCAGCGAACGCUCCCGCCGGCGCGGACGGAGGAAGCACGAACUCAACGGGCACGUCAUCAUCCCCGCCCCCCGCCGGCUCCAACGAGCGGAACGGCGCCACGCUCACGGUUACGGGCGCCGCGGGUCUCGCCGGCUCGGCCGCGGCCUGCAUCGUCGGCUUCGCCAUGCUCGCGCUCUGA